AGGGCAGCCGGGGGAACUAGACAUUCGGGAGCAGCCCGCGGCACUGCUCCGGCGUCUGCUGCGGUCCGCCUAGCUGCUCUGAGCCGAUCGUACAAUCCUCGGCAGUGUCCUGAGACUGUAUGGUCAUCUCAGCCAUCGCGCCCGCCCGGCCCCAGACUCUUUCAACUGCCGUCGUUAGAGUCACUUUUAUUUUUAAUUUUUUUGAAAACCCAGGACAGUGGCUGCUUUUCGAAGAAGAAAAAGAACUUCGGUCCCUUUUCGCUCCCCUCGUUUUUGCGUUUGACAGCCUCCUCCCACUCCUUUCCCUGACCCCGCCUCCCGGUGCAGGUUCCUCCCUGUCACCUUUCUCCACCCCCUUUUCCCGCACCUAGCCAGCAGCCCGCAAACUUGCACCUGACUGUGCGGGGCUCUCGAGCCUGUGAGCACUUAGGACCAUUAACACGGGCCCGGACCUCAGGGAGUGGGAAAGCGCCAGCAGCUGCAAAUCCCCACCGGCCAAGGAACCCAGGUGCUCGGCGUCUCAAAAGGGCCACAGCGACAAUGACAGCUGACAAGGAAAAGAAAAGGAGCAGCUCCGAGAGAAGGAAGGAGAAGUCCCGGGAUGCAGCGAGGUGCCGGCGAAGCAAGGAGACGGAGGUCUUCUAUGAGCUGGCCCACGAGCUGCCCCUGCCUCACAGCGUGAGCUCCCACCUGGACAAAGCCUCCAUCAUGCGGCUGGCUAUCAGCUUCCUGCGAACACACAAGCUCCUGUCCUCAGUUUGCUCUGAAAAUGAGUCUGAAGCCGAGGCUGACCAGCAGAUGGACAACCUGUACCUGAAAGCUUUGGAGGGUUUCAUUGCCGUGGUGACUCAAGAUGGCGACAUGAUCUUUCUGUCGGAAAACAUCAGCAAGUUCAUGGGACUCACACAGGUGGAGCUAACGGGACAUAGCAUCUUUGACUUUACUCAUCCCUGUGACCACGAGGAGAUCCGUGAGAAUCUGAGUCUCAAAAAUGGCUCUGGUUUUGGGAAGAAAAGCAAAGACAUGUCCACAGAGAGGGACUUCUUCAUGAGGAUGAAGUGCACGGUCACCAACAGAGGCCGAACUGUCAACCUCAAGUCAGCCACCUGGAAGGUCUUACACUGCACCGGCCAGGUGAAGGUCUACAACAGCUGCCCCCCUCACAGCAGUCUCUGUGGCUACAAGGAGCCCCUGCUGUCCUGCCUCAUCAUCAUGUGUGAACCCAUCCAGCACCCGUCCCACAUGGACAUCCCCCUGGAUAGCAAGACCUUCCUGAGCCGCCACAGUAUGGACAUGAAGUUCACCUACUGCGACGACAGAAUCACAGAACUGGUUGGUUACCAUCCAGAGGAGCUUCUCGGCCGCUCAGCCUAUGAGUUUUACCAUGCACUGGACUCAGAGAACAUGACCAAAAGUCACCAGAACUUGUGCACCAAGGGUCAGGUGGUGAGCGGCCAGUACCGGAUGCUGGCAAAGCAUGGCGGCUACGUGUGGCUAGAGACACAGGGGACGGUCAUCUACAAUCCUCGUAACCUGCAGCCCCAAUGCAUCAUGUGUGUGAACUACGUCCUGAGUGAGAUUGAGAAGAACGACGUGGUAUUCUCCAUGGACCAGACGGAAUCCCUGUUCAAGCCGCACCUGAUGGCCAUGAGCGGCAUCUUCGACAACAGUGGCGAGUUGACUAUGUCUGAGAAGAGUAACUUCCUGUUCACCAAGCUGAAGGAGGAGCCUGAGGAGUUGGCCCAGCUGGCUCCCACUGCGGGAGAUACCAUCAUUUCUCUGGAUUUCGGGAACCAGAGCUUCGAGGAGUCCUCAGCCUAUGGCGAGACCAUCCUCCUCCCGAGCCAACCGUGGGCCAAGGAACUGAAGAGCCACGGUGCCCAGAGCGAGGCCCAGAGCCUGCCCGCCUUCACCAUGCCCCAGGUGGCUGCCCCAGGGAACACCAGCCCCAGUGUCACCAGUAGCAGCAGUUGCUCCACGCCCAACAGCCCUGAAGACUAUUACACGUCUCUGAAUGAUGAUCUGAAGAUUGAAGUGAUUGAAAAACUCUUUGCCAUGGAUACCGAGGCAAAGGACCCAUGCAGCACCCAGAUGGAUUUCAACGAGCUGGACUUGGAGACACUGGCACCCUACAUCCCCAUGGAUGGGGAAGACUUCCAGCUAAGCCCCAUCUGCCCAGAGGAGAGGCUCAUGCCAGAGAACCCUCAGUUCACCCCCCAGCACUGCUUCAGUACCAUGACAAACAUCUUCCAGCCACUGGCCCCUAUGGCUUCUCACGGCCCCUUCCUCCUGGACAAGUAUCAGCAGCAGCUGGAAAGCAAGAAUAUAGAGGCUGAGCACCAGCCCAUGUCCUCCAUCUUCUUUGAUGGCGGGAGCAAGGCAUCCCUGCCACUGUGCUAUGGCCAGGCCAACACCCCUCUCUCUUCUUUGGGGGGCAGAUUCAACACACAGUGGCCCCCUGAUCCACCCUUACAUUUCAGGCCCUCGAAGUGGCCUAUUGGGAAUCAGCACACUGAGGCCUCGGGGGCGUCACCGUUGGAGCCCCCUGACACCUCGCACCAUCUUUCCAUGUUGAAGAAGAGGUCUGCAAAGCGCUUCAGGCCUCAGGGCCCAGACUCAAUGAGCCCGGCCAUGAUAGCCCUCUCCAACAAGCUGAAGCUGAAGCGACAGCUGGAAUAUGAGGAGCAAGCCUUCCAAGACAUGAAUGGGGGGGACCCUCCAGGAAGCAGCACUUCACAUUUGAUGUGGAAAAGGAUGAAGAAUCUCAGGGGCUGUGGGAACUGCCCUUCGAUGCCUGACAAACUGCUGAGUGCGGACAUACCCAGUGAUGAGUUCACCCAAAAUCCCAUGAGAGGUCUGAGCCAGCCUCUGAGACACCUGCCACCAUCACAGCCACCAUCGGCUGUGAGCCCCAGGGAGCACGCCAAGAGCGGCUUCCCCUCACAGUGUUGUGCCUUCCAGUACCAGGACUACAGUCUGCCAUCAGCUCACAAGGUGUCAGGAAUGGCAAGCCGGCUGCUUGGGCCCUCGUUUGAGCCCUACCUGCUGCCAGAAUUGACCAGAUAUGACUGUGAGGUGAACGUUCCUGUACCAGGAAGCUCCACGCUCCUGCAAGGAGGGGACCUCCUCAGAGCCCUGGACCAGGCCACUUGAACUAGAGCCUUCUACCAGGCAGGAACCCCUGCCAAUGCCAUCCUGCCAGCUUCACUCUCUAUGUCUUUUUUUGCAACUAGGUAUUUCUAACACCAACACACUUUUUACAAGAUGUACUUACCUGGCAAACUUGCCCAAGUCACCAAGUAAUGGCCUUUUUUGGAAGAUGCUCAUUUUAUUAUCCAUAUUUUUAAAAUACACAAUUGUUUUACCCUCUGUGUUUUACUUUGUCAAUGAAAAUAUUCUUAAAUUUUGUAAGAUUUCCCCCUCAACUUCAGUUACUUCUAAUUUAUAUUAUUCAUAGGCCUUUCUCUCUCUCUCACACACACACAAACAUAGUCAUACUAACAAGUUCGGUGUAUGUUUGUUCUACUGUAGGGAAAGCUUUGGCUUCAUUUAACUAAAAAGAUUUUGUUGUUGUUGCCAAAGAGAAACAAAUAAUUUCGCUUUCCAAGCUUGAUUUGUAGCCUCUCCCUCUCACAGCCCUUCUCCUUUCUUUUUUAAAACCAAGCACCAUAUUGUAAAUUUCAGUCUUUUUUUUUUUUUUAAAUCCAACUCUUUGCUCUAAUUUUUAUGACUUUUGGGGAAAAAAAGAAAUGUGAAGGAUGAACUCCAGUGUAUGUGGUUAUCUGUGAAAGUUGCACAGUGUGGCUUUUCCUAAACUGUUUGGUGUUUUUCCCCUACAUUCAGUGAAUUUUUUUUUUAAUUAUUAUUCAAAACCAUAACUGAGGUUUUUUUUUAAAAAUUUAUAUCUGGGUUAAGUGUUUAUCAUAUAUAUGGGUACUUUGUAAUAUCUAAAACUUAGAAACGGAAAUGGAAUCCUGCUCACAAAAUCACUUUAAGAUCUUUUUUAAGCUGUUAAUUUUCUUUUUCCUGGUGUUGCUGACACUGCAGAAUUGUACAGUACCUCCACGGGCCUGUACUAACACUGCGCAAGGUCCCUCGCUGUUGGCUUUUGCUUUUGGGGUAUACCAUACGCAUGACAAACAAUCAAAGAUGUGGAAUCAAGUGGGAGCAUUGCGAGCUGUCUUCUCCUCAUGUUCUGUAUGUAUUAUGUAUGUAUGUAUAUAUUAUUAUUGCUGCCAAGAGGGUCAGAUGGCACAUCAUGGGUUGGGGGGGAGGGUGGGGCAAAUCUAAGGGAGAGGAAGUGCUUUAACUUUUCUUAAGGUUCUGUCGCUAGCCCUUCAAGUACACUGAACUACGUGACUAAUGGGCUUUCUGUGGCACAUUUGGAUAUUUCCAGAACUACCAUGAGAUGGUUUAGAUGGGAAUUCAUGAAAGAAAGUAAGGAUUCAGAAAUGUCGUAGUGAUCCAAUCCAUGUCUUCCCAGCUUACCACCUCGGAGCACAUGGAGCUGGACUUAGAGGGCGCAGAAAGUAGGAGCAGCUAGUCCUGACCAUCCCAGUGCCCCUUCCUCCUCCUGUCCUGCCCUCAGAUCGCCCCGCAAGGCCGAGGUGCAGCGCCUCCUGCUGGUGAGCAGCAGGCAGACCUCCAGCACAGCCCCAGCCUUAGGCCCUCCCCCAGGUCUGUUUGUCACUUGAAGUGACUUGUAUAGGUAGGAAGCACUGGAAAUAGAGUGUUCUCAGAGCACUUUAACUCACUGGGUAAGAGGGACAAUACUUUUUGGUUUUUAAAUACCAAUCACAGAACUCUUCUGUCAUGGGUACAAUGAAGAAGUUUCUAGAAACACACACACAAUGCACAGCAGGCCAAGAAUUGGGUAAGCCUGGAUGGAUUUAUUGCCAAAAACAAAAUGAAAAAAUUUAAAUUUCAGAAGAAAUUAAGUGAUAAAUCUAAUUACCUAGUCACUGUGUUGCCCAAAUCCUACUUAAGCACCACAGCUUUGUUCCACACACGGCAAUAGAACUUGAAGGGCUACUGACAUGUAAAUACUGGUGUUUGAUUCCUGUGUGUGUUGCCUCAGCAUUAAGGGUAUUUGACCCUUGCAGUUUUACUAAAACACUCUGAAAAAUAUUCCGAGCUUCAAUAUUAACCUUACCUAUCAACGUAACGAGUUCAUGUACAUGAUUAUUUUGUUGAAUUCCUACUGACAACAUUGUUACUAUAUGGGAGCUUAACUUUAUAAGGAAAUGUAUUUUGACACUGAUAUCUUAUUAAAGUAUUCUGAUCCUAC